AUGGCAACUCAGGGCCAGCAGCCGCCACACCUGCACCUGGAGGAGCUCACCGCGGCGCAGUUCAUCGACAUCUGGAGACACUUCGACGCAGACGGAAAUGGUUACAUCGAAGGGAAGGAGCUGGAGAACUUCUUCAAAGAGCUGGAGUCUGCGAGACGAGGACCAGGCGUGGAUCCCUCAAAUGCUGCGUUCAAAGAACAGCUGAAGGAGUUCAUGGCCAAUUUUGACAAGAAUGCUGAUGGAAGGAUUGAAAUGUCCGAGCUGGCUCAGAUUCUGCCCACGGAGGAAAACUUCCUGCUCUGCUUCAGAGAGUUUGUGGGAUCCAGCACUCAAUUUAUGGCUGCCUGGAGGAGGUAUGACACCGACCGCAGUGGAUACAUCGAAUCAAACGAGCUGAAGGGUUUCCUGGCCGACCUGCUGAAGAAGGCCAACAGAAACUACGACGACAAGAAGCUCAAGGAGUACACGCAGACAAUCCUAAGGAUGUUUGAUCUGAAUGGUGAUGGUAAGCUGGGCCUCUCUGAGAUGGCAAGGCUCUUGCCGGUGCAGGAAAAUUUCCUGCUGAAGUUCCAGGGCAUCAGGCUCACGGUUAAAGAAUUUGACUCCCUCUUCACCUUCUAUGACAAGGACGGUAAUGGGUAUAUCGACGAGCAGGAGCUGGAUGCUUUGCUGAAGGACCUCUGUGACAAGAACAAAAUGGACGUGGGGUCAACAGGAAUCGGCGGUUACAAGAAGAGCAUCAUGGCUCUGUCCGACGGAGGGAAACUGUACCGUGCCGAGCUGGAGAUCGUCCUCUGUAGGGACUCUGAGCUGUGACCUCCCUGCCUAGGACCCUGCUGCCCCCCCUCCACCAACCCUCAUCAUCGCCUCCUCCUUCCUACCU